AUGGCGGUUGCCUUAUGGAGGUUGGAGCCCUGGAGCUGGUGGAGGUUGGAAAACGUGGAGUCGUCCACGCCCCAGGCCUUGAUCAGAUCCAUGGCGUCGUUGUCCAGAUCCGACUGGCCUCCUGAAAGAUCGUCAGCACCCGUAGACGGGGCUCUUCUUAUUCUGCUGUGUCUUGCUCUGAGCGAAUGGAAAUCCAGGUUUGCAAGGUUGACGUUCUGUUGUGCCAACGACGGCUCAAAUGAGCGCGUGGACGAAGACGAUGACACGGUAGAAAGCUCAUUUGAGGGAUAUUUGGUCCUGUUUGGAGUUUGCGGAUUCACCACAAACGAAACUGAAUUCGAAGCCAUAUUAUGGGUAAAGAAGCUUCAGCCUGAAGAAAGCCAACUAUUAAGCGCACUAUCCGAUUAA